ACUUCGAACAUCAUGCAUGGCUGCUAACUAACUUUACUAUUCUUUUCCUAACAUUCCUCGAUGAAUCAUGGCUAGUUUUGGUUUGGGGGUGUACUUCUUGACAGUGAUUUGGUUUUUGACGCUCAUGUUGUGUUGGGUUUCUGUUAGGACGGGACAUUACGUCGGGAAGGUUGCGAUAGGUAUAUCUGUGACAUUAAGUGUAAUUUUGGUGUCCCUGCCAAAAGGCGACGUGGAGUAUUCUCACGGUGCCAAUUUUUACGACAAGUUGUACGUUCCGCGCUACGCUAUACUAUCGUUAUUGCUUAUUAGUUGUUUAUUUGGCCUGGGUUAUUGUUUCGCGAGUGAAUGUCUUUUGCCCAUCGAGACUAAGAAAGUGAGAACUCUUGGCUCUGUUCACUAGACUGUUUGCUUUGAUCACAAUGUGUAGUGCUAUAAGUCAAGGUCUACGGUCGCCCAUCCGGAGGCUGGCCACACUCAGGAGGGCCCGAACAAUCAGCACCUCGUUAGUACAUAACGAGACCAUAGAAGUUAAGACUAAUGACGAAUUUGUUAAUAAGGUAAUGAAUAAUGAUAAGCCAGUAAUAGUCAAUUUCCAUGCGGAUUGGUGUGAGCCAUGCAAGAUCCUCACUCCGAAGCUGAAGGAGCUGAUCCAGCCGCUGGAUAACCUGGACCUGGCUGUUGUGGAUGUGGAGGAUAACCCAGAACUGGUGCAUACUUUUGAGGUAAAAGCAGUCCCAGCCGUUAUAGCGAUAAGGAACGGGCUGAUAGUGGACAAGUUUAUCGGUCUGGUGGACGCAGAUAUGAUCACGAACCUCAUAGACCGGAUGUCCGGGAAGAAGAAAGAUGGCGCGUAAUCCUGAGCACGUCCGACGGCGAUGGUGGACAGGGAUGGUCUGGACACGAUCAAGUAAUUAAUUUAUGGCGGUGUUGCUGAUUUAUCGAUAAUAAAUCCCAUCCCUAUCAAUACCUAUUAUCUAUGGUAUAAGAACUCCAACGGGUCUUUCUCGCGCCGACAUACGUCACCCGUCA